AUGCGCGAGGAGCUUCGCGAAACUCACAAUGAUUAUCGCUCUGAGCUGGCACUACUUGCACGCCAAAUCAGUGAAACAAAACACAAAGACCUCACUGACAACGAAUUGUACAACAUCACGCAACUAGAUAUUGGAUCUCGUAGUGCAAAACGAAAAUUGGAAGAGUCUCAGCAAGAAAAGGAAGUACUGAUAUCUUUUAAUCUGCUCGCAGUUCUUCGUGGUUGUCAUUUGAACAAAAAGUUGCGCAAUGGUUUGGCUGAGGCGUUGGCAAAAAUUGAACAGUAUAAAAACGAGGCUGAACAUUCCAAAGAGAUGUGUGAGGAAAUGGCACGACAGCUGGGAAUCAAUGAGGAACGCAUGAGUAAACUAGAAGAGGAGAUGAUAAAUCUUGAAGAGAUGCUGAGGGAAAAGGAGAAACUGACGGCGUAUCUACAAUCUCAGAUCAAGACCAGAGACAUGCCAAAGCUCAGUAGACGCAGUACCCUGUUGCGCACUCCAACGGAAAUCUCACUUGUUCAACUCAUGUCGAGAAAACUGGUACCAAUCGAUGCGUCGAAGGAAUGUGAACCUAGGGCAGUACCUGCACACAUUCUUGCUCGGCAUCCAUUAAAGGAGCUACAGUCGAAGUCCACCAUGGAUAUUAGCCACAUUUAUGACUCAAAAAGAGCAAACAGUCUUGUUGGGUCAAAUCCGUGUAAAGCUACAAUGAGACAUGAUAUUCCCCAUAGGUGGACUGAACUCCGUCAUUUUGGUCUGUUUAGCAUCAAAUGUGCCGUGUGCUUCGUAGGAGUGCCAACAUUCGCCAAGAAAAAACGUUGCACUUAUUGUGGUAUCAUUGUUCAUUCGCAAUGUGCAUCACGUGUGGUGAACACCUGUGGGCUUCCCGAUCAAUGUGCCAACUACUAUUUAGAUUCAUACAGUGAUCCUAGUGGAAAAAUGAACGGCUGGAUAAGACUAUGCAUUUACAGUGACGACUUUACUGUACGCGAAUGGCUUUCAGUAUGGGGUGAGAUGGAUGAGAAGCGUUUAUUAUUUUAUGAUAAAGAUGCCACAAAUUCUGAUCUACGGACGCCAUUCCUUUCGGUUGAUCUUGAAAAGGAUCUUCGAAUAGUCAGAGUAGGUAGCGAGGUUCCUGUGAAGGCAGAAAAUGGUCAAACAUCCCACAAUAUAGUUCACAUAAGAACUGAAAAAGUAUUAUUUUCAGUAGAAAUAUUUACAUUCUGGCUCCUUCAACUCAAACAGCAAAGCGGUGGGCGGAAGCGCUUCAGAAUCCCAACAAUCUCACUAUUCAUACUAUAUGUGAAUAACCUUAAGGUGAUCGACAGCUACAUCCUAAUCGGCGCGCAGAGUGGUUUAUUCUUUACCUAUAUGAGCAGUCCGAGGCUACCAGUCAGAAUUGGAGGCUUCAAUUCUGUCUCCUAUUCCUCAUUAGAUUUGUCAGAAUUAUUAUCAGACGUUAUCCCUGGCUACGAUAACCUGCAUGUGCUCACUCAUCACCAGCAGGAAGGACAAUGGUAUUUGUUUGCGGCAAGCUCUACGAAAAUCAAUAUACUCAAGUACAACGCGGCUAGGGACGUCUUUAUCGCACAACAAGUAGGUUUCACUGAGUUUUCAUCAGUAUGUAUCCAAUCAACUCCUCGUGGCAUAUAUUUCGGCUCCGAUAGUUUUUACUUUGUUCAACUUGGGCAAGGUGAAUUGGAUCCAGUGCGUUUGGCUGAUCCCAGCAUUGUAGACUAUCCGAUUGCACUUCUUCUGAUACGGGACGACGAAGUUCUUCUUGCGUAUCAGAAUUAUGGUAUAUUCGUAAAUUCUCGAGGCGAACGAACGCGGAGUAGGACCGUGGAGUGGGAACAGAUGCCAAUGGAAUUUGUGUAUACUGCUCCAUACCUGUACGUUGUGCAUUAUGACUCGAUUGAGAUCUUGCGAAUCGCUGAUUAUAAUGGAUUAGAUUCGGACAUAAUUCUGGAUGAACGUGAGGUGUACGCGUGUCAUAAUGCUCAUGUAGUGUAUUCGUGUUCCAACGGCGACGUAUUCAUCUCGAUUUCAAACACAGACAGUGUCGAGCUGCAUAGAUUCAAUGCUACUAAUAGCAAGAGGAAUCCCACUAAACGGAAAGGCCUAGCUUCAGCAGGUCUCGACAAGAGGUCGAAAAUAACCGUUUGA